AGAAUUUUUCCGUCCAAAUUGUUUUUGGUCAAAGCCUCAAUGGUCUUGAAUUGACCUGUUCUUAAAACCCGACCCGGAUCCACCUGCUUCUUUCAACUAACACACGCUCCUGAUCCAAACCAUUUUUUCAUUUUUCAAAUCAUUAUCAACUCUCUCGCUUCUUCAACGAUCGCAUAAAUUCCCUCUUUGUCUGCUCGAUUCCUGAUCUCUAGGGUUUGGGUUCCGGAGACGAAGGGGGUGUUUCGUGUGUAAUUGAGAUAUUGAGAUUAUUGCUUUGUAAAACUCAAAAUCUAUGGCGGUUUCUAGCGCCUUCGUUGUUACACCGAAGCUGGAGAAGCUGUUAGCGAAUCACCAUAAUCCAACGUAUUCUUCUUCUCCGGCCCCGUUGGAUGUAAUUGGGAUACGUGCUCUUCCGAUGAACAAUAGGAACAAGCGAGGUCUGAUCCAGAGAGCGCGUUGCGAGAUUUCUCCGUCUAAUAAGGCAGCUAGCAUCUCAGCUCUCGAGCAGCUCAAGACUUCUGCUAUUGACCGAUACACUAAGGAAAGAAGCAGCAUUGUGGUGAUUGGGCUUAGCAUUCACACAGCUCCUGUUGAGAUGCGUGAGAAGCUUGCCAUUCCAGAAGCUGAAUGGCCACGAGCUAUUGCUGAAUUGUGUGGUUUGAAUCAUAUUGAAGAAGCUGCUGUACUCAGUACCUGCAACCGAAUGGAGAUUUAUGUUUUGGCUCUAUCUCAGCAUCGUGGAGUCAAAGAAGUGACUGAGUGGAUGUCUAAGACAAGUGGAAUCCCGGUUUCAGAAAUCUGUCAGCAUCGUUUUCUAUUGUACAACAAGGAUGUCACGCAACAUAUAUUUGAAGUCUCAGCUGGUCUAGACUCUCUUGUCCUAGGUGAAGGUCAGAUACUUGCACAGGUUAAACAAGUUGUUAAAGUAGGUCAAGGAGUCAAUGGUUUUGGGAGGAAUAUCAGUGGGCUAUUUAAACACGCAAUCACAGUUGGAAAGCGUGUCAGAACAGAGACAAAUAUCGCUGCUGGGGCUGUUUCCGUUAGCUCGGCUGCAGUUGAACUUGCUCUCAUGAAGCUUCCCGAAUCUUCUCAUGCAUCAUCUGCUAGGAUGUUGGUAGUUGGUGCUGGAAAGAUGGGGAAGCUUGUAAUCAAGCACUUGGUUGCUAAAGGUUGCACCAAAAUGGUGGUUGUGAAUCGAAGCGAAGAGAAAGUUGCAGCUGUCCGCAAUGAGAUGCCGCCUGGCGUUGAGAUUAUUUAUAAACCCCUUGAUGAGAUGCUGUCUUGUGCUGCAGAAGCUGAUGUAGUCUUUACUAGCACAGCAUCUGAGACACCAUUAUUCUUGAAGGAGCAAGUAGAGACUCUCCCUCCUGUUAGAGAUGCGAGGCUCUUUGUUGAUAUCUCUGUUCCUAGAAAUGUCGGGUCCUGCGUCGCUGAAAUAGACGGUACACGGGUUUUCAACGUGGAUGACCUCAAGGAAGUCGUUGCUGCGAAUAAAGAAGACAGGGUGAGGAAAGCAAUGGACGCUCAGGCUAUAAUUACAGAUGAAUCAAAACACUUUGAAGCGUGGAGGGACUCGUUGGAGACGGUUCCAACAAUCAAGAAAUUAAGGGGAUAUACAGAGAGAAUUAUAGCUGCAGAGAUUGAGAAAUCCUUGCCCAAAAUGGGCAUUGACAUGAACAAGAAGAUGAGGAAAACAGUAGAUGAUCUAAUCCGAGGUAUAGUGAACAAGCUCCUGCACGGUCCAAUGCAGCAUUUGAGAUGCGAUGGGAACGAUAGCAGAACGCUGAGUGAGACACUAGAUAACAUGCAGGCUCUGAACAGGAUGUAUGGACUUGAUGCAGAGAUACUCGAGGAGAAGAUUAGAGCAAAGGUGGAAAAAAAGUAGAGAGAAGAGAGCCUUUGUUUCAUCCAUUUUUUAGGUUCGUAGAGGUUAAAAACCGGCACCUUUGUAAUAUACACACUUGAGUAGAGGGUGAAGACAGCCUCUGGGGAAGAUGAUCUUCUGGUUCAUGCCCUUGAUGGGAAGCAUACCAUAAUUGUUUUAUUGCGUUCUUUUGUUAAAGUUAAAAGUUUAAAACUUUGUACACAUAAUAUAUAUACAUUUUUUUUUCCCUAAUUAACAUUUGCGUUCGAAACAGUGAUAACCAUUAUUGGAGAAGCAAACAAAAAGGCUUUGAAGAUUUUUUUAUUUUUAAAAUAAA